AGAGACUUAAAUUACAUCUUGUGAAAGAGGGCAUAAUAGGUGCCCUUUAACUCAACCUGCUGGGUUUGUCCAUAUUUUACCCAGCUUGGGUUGUUUUUAACCCAGCAUUUUUUAGAGUGAAAACUCACUAAAAUGACAUGUCAACAAUCUAUGUGGUUUGACUGCUGCUAUGAAUCAGCUUGAAUGCAAUGCAAGUCUAUUUGACUUGGACAAAAAGUGUGAUAGAUAUAACAUGUGCAUCAAUGCGCAAUGUAAGAAAUGUCUUAGUGUGUGUUCAUGUAUUGGACACUGUGCAACAUGAUGUUUAGGUUUGAAGAUCUUCACCAAUAGCAGACACUUCUCUCAGCUCAUAUGAUAGCAUGUCAAAUAGCUUAUUCUUUCAACAAGAAUGAGAAGUUUUACAGUUUUUUGCUAGGAAUUAAUAAAAUUAUUAAUUAAAAAUAAUUAAGGUUUGAAAGUUUUUUUUAUGCAUCUUUUACUAAUCAUGCACUAAAUCUGUGCAGAGCUCAGAAAAUAAUAGCCAGUGAUUCAUGCAUGUCUGUUUCUGAUGCAGUUUUAAAUGAAGACGGACAUGUUUGCGAUUUCAUCAAGCAAGUCUUUCCACCAUGUUUUCACAUUUCCUGCUGUCGUAUACAGGAUGCAUGCGUCUUCUGUAGCUACAGACAGAAGUGACACGUGUACGAAGUACGGUAACCCAUACUGAAUUUGUCUUCUGCAUUUAACCCAUCCAAGUUAGUGCACACAAAUUAGGAGCAGAGAGUGAAUACACAGACAAGAAUGAUUUUGUUUGUUUUUUUAUUGUUUUGCCCUUUUCUAAGCGAUGCACAGCGAGAGAAACACUUUCUCCACUACAAGUUUACAGCUCUUUCCAAAGCAGAUUCAUUCCCAGAGUUCAGUGCUGUGAUUGUUGCUGAUGACAUACAGAUCGCUCACUACAGUAAUGAAGAAGUCUGGACAAGAGAGAAUCUGACUUGUGUAUGACUGGAUCACGAUACCUGAGGAACCACCUGAUGCUAGAGACUGGUUCAUAGACCAGCUGAAGACUCUGUCAGACUGCAAAAACUCAAAGUGUUCUGAUCUUCAUUUUCUUCAGAGAAUAAUUGGCUGUGAACUGCAAAAACGUCCUGAUGGAACAGUCAAGAGUCUGACAGCCUAUGAUGAAUAUGGAUUUGAUGGAGAGGAUUUUAUAUCCUUUAAUUCUGACACUAUGAAGUGGAUUGAUAAAAACCCCAAAGCCAAAGAAACUAAAGAGAAAUGGGAUCAUCAAACAGAACGCAACAAAUUCAUCAAGCUUUUCCUUAAGACCUGCAUGCACUGGAUCUCUAUGUUUCAUAUUACAAAAACUAUUCCAACAAAUGUUCGCGCUUUUGUGCCAAAAGUUUCUGCUGUUGAAAGUAAUCUGGUUCUGACGUGUCUGGCCACUGGUUUCUACUCCAGAGAUGUUCAGAUGUACAUUAGAUUGAACAGAAACAUCCUUGAGGACCAAACAUCUUCUGGAAUCAGAUCAAAUGGUGAUGAAACCUUUCAGAUGAGAAUCAGUGUGAAGAUCAACGGAAACCAUCAAGGAUCUUAUGACUGUCUGUUCAUUCAGAACAGUCUGACUCUAUCACGACAAGUUUUAACUCUGUCGGACGGAAGAUGUUUUAACUGUGAAAUGGAUCCUUCAUGGUCUGUUAAAGCAGCAAUAACAGCAGUUCUAGCUCCAGUUCUCACAAUUGUGAUUUUGUGCUGCAUCUUCUCAGAUCGUCUGAAAAGUGUUACAACCAUCAGUUACAACCCCCCCAAUACAAUACAACCAUACCAACAUUCAACCCCCCCAAAGUUGAAACCAAAUCUACCCCCUUGGAUGGAGUGAUUGAACUAUUCAAAGGAUGAAGCUGAUAGAAGGUCUUCUUAUUAGAAACUCUUGAAAUGCAUAACAGCAGAUUCACAGUAAAAGAUCAAUGUCACAGUGUUACACUCUUCAGGGACUCAAUGUAAGAUCAUAUGUUUAUAUAUAUAUAUAUAUAGGCUCUCUUCUCUGGUUACAGUUAAUAUAAUCUGCCGGUCUCAUUAUUGUGAUUGCUUAUUAACUUUCAGAAGUCACAGUCUAUCUGUUUAAGGUCCUUCCUUUCAAAUGACAUUUUGUCUGGAGACUCAUUUUUUGUCUGUGUAAAACAUGUCUUGGGUUUUGGGCAGUUAAUUUGUCUGUGUGUGUGUGUGUGUGUGUGUGUGUGUGUGUGUGUGUGUGUUUAAAAAGUAUUCAUUGUAACAUCUAUUUUAUUAUGCUGUGUCAUGAUUAGCUGAUCAAAUGGCAGUGUGCCUGAUUAAAUCCAGCUGAUGAGUGUUUGUUAAAAAAUGGAUAUGAAAUAACUAUAGACAAAAAACAACACACUGCCACUGUUGCUUGCUUUGGGAGAAAUAGUGGCAGUGUGCCGAUUUUUGUUUAUUUUUUAAGUGCUUUAUCUGAUCGAGCACCUGCCUAAAGUUUUUUUUUUUUUUGGAUGUGCACACAUUCUCUUUAUUCAUUCAGGUAUAACUCUUAGGACACCAAAAUCCCUGAAAAGUUGAAAAAAAAUGAUAAAAUAAAACUUUUUUCAUUUUGCAAACCAUGUA